AUGAGCCCUGAAUUAAACGAGGUCCUGACUGAUGCCAUUAGAGUGGUCAAUUUCAUCAAAACAAGACCCCUGAAAGCGCGGCUGUUCUCCGCACUUUGUGAUGAGAUGGGAGCCAUGCACUCAGAUCUGCUGUUCCACAGCGAGGCCAGGUGGCUCUCCCGAGGCAAAGUGUUGUCACAAGUCUUUGAACUCAGAGAGGAAAUUCAGGUGUUUUUGGAGGAAAAUGGCAUGCAUGACGUUGCCAGCAAGUUCAGUGAUGAACAAUUUCUGAUGAAACUGGCCUAUCUCAGCGACAUAUUUGGAAAGCUGAAUGAAUUAAAUCUUCAGCUUCAAGGCAGAGACAAGCAUCUUCCUCACCUGGCAGACAAGAUCAGCGCAUUCACUCGAAAACUGGAGAUGUGGGGCAGGCGACUUGAUCAAGGAAACACUGAUUUCUUUGAGAAUCUGAGUGAAUUUGCUGACACAAGUGAUUCUUGCGCCACCACAGUGAUUCCAUAUCUCAAGGAGCACAUUUCUUCUCUGAGAAGAUUCUUUCAAAAAUACUUCCCAGACAACAGUGUGCAGUAUGACUGGCUGAGAGAUCCAUUUAACGCAGCAGCACCAGCUGAUCUCAGCUCUGCUGAAGAGGACCAGUACAUUGAGAUGACCUCAGACUCCACCCUGAGGAUGAAGUUUACAGCACAGACACUGAGUGAAUUCUGGCUUGGUGUGGAGAGGGAGCAUCCACUCAUUGGGCAGAGGGCUGUGGGCAUUCUGCUUCCCUUCGCCACAUCCUAUCUCUGUGAGAUAGACUUUUCUGCUGUUGCCUCACUAAAAACAAAAUACAGAUCCAGGCUCAACAUUGAACAUGAAUUGAGAGUGGCCGUAUCAAGCCUGCAACCUUGA